CGUUACACUUUGUACUUCCGGCGCUUGUUUGGCCGGUUGUUUGAAAUGAGAACGCUGGCCAUAUAAAGGAUAUUUUAAACGCUUAAAUGGCAGGUUUACUAAAUGUGGAUACACGCUUGGGAACAAUAAGAGUCCUAUAGAGUGUAGUACAGGUUCACCUUCAGCGUCUCUCCACCGGACUAUGUUCAAAAAGAUGACUGAAUUCGGUCCAGAUUCCGGGGGGCGAGUUAAGGGAGUGACCAUUGUGAAGCCCAUUGUGUUUGGGAACGUUGCCCGUUACUUUGGGAAAAAGAGAGAGGAGGAUGGACACACACAUCAGUGGUCUGUCUACGUGAAGCCUUACAGAAAUGAGGAUAUGUCUGCUUAUGUGAAGAAGAUCCAGUUCAAGCUUCAUGAGAGCUACGGUAACCCACUGAGAGUGGUGACUAAGCCUCCAUAUGAGAUCACAGAGACAGGCUGGGGGGAGUUUGAGAUCAUCAUCAAGAUCUUCUUCAUCGACCCCAACGAGAGAGCUGUGACUCUGUACCAUCUGUUGAAGCUGUUCCAGUCUGACUCCAGCGCCAUGCCCAAGAAAACAGUCGUCUCUGAAUUCUAUGAUGAAAUGAUCUUCCAGGAUCCUACGGCCAUGAUGCAGCAGCUACUGACCACAUCAAGACAACUCACCCUCGGAGCAUACAAGCACGAGACAGAAUUCAGUGAGCAGGAGCAGAGGACUAAGGAGAAAAUGGAAACCGCAAAGAAGAGAACCAGCCAGGAGAUCACAGAGCUGAAAGACAAACUUAAAGCCAGCAGAGAAAACAUCAACCACCUGAAGGCGGAGAUCAGGAAACUGGAGGAGGACGGAGACCACAAGGAGCACUGAGACAUGGACUAACACACACAUGCGUUAUGAAAAACAGGGCAUUUUUGUGACCUCUUGCCAAUUUUUAAUUUGUUUAGUGUGGUUUUUUUGCACACAAACACUCAAUCUCAGAAAGCUCAGAAGACACAAGAAUGAUUUCCCUCUAAUCUAGUUUUACUGCAGCACUGAAUUGUGUUGUCAGCCAUGUUGUUUGUGGCUGAAACAAGGAUUUUGUGAUUGCUGCUUUGUAUAUCUGUAGUUGUUGUCUUUUCUACCCAAACAUUGCUGGAUCAGCUGGCUGUGAGAAUGACAGAACAAAUGUCAUUUUCUAAUAUGCUUUUGCAACAUUGAUCCUGUCCAGCCGUGUUGAUGUAAUGGAACCUGUGUUGCCAUAAUCACUGUGCAUCCCCAUAGUUUCAUGCCAACGUUUCGAAUGUGAAUAGCUCAUUUGUUUUUGUACUGGUCUUUUGGUUUUCUACAUAAAGUAAAGUUGUUUACAGGA